AUGCUGGAUGAGGCGCAGAUCAAAUCACUCCUUGUGCGCGAGCGCUACUACCGGGAUACCUGUCAGUGGGAAAAAUUGAGGGCUUGCUAUCACCCGGAUGCGUCGAAAACGCGCAUCGAAAUUACCUGGUUUCAAGGGGAUAUCGAUGGAUUCGUUGAAGGAUCCAAAGGUAUGGCCACAGGCGGAACGGGCGCUGUUCAUACUAUCUGUCCGGUUGAGGUCCAUCUUCACGGCGAGAAGGCGCUUUCCGAAUCAACUGGGUCAAUUUCCAUCCGCUUCCAACACGACGGGACACUUUUUGAUUGCGUCUCAUACACUCGAUUCAUUUCUCGACUCGAGUUGGUCGGAGAUGAAUGGAGGCUGCUCACUUUGGAGGCAAUUUAUGACCGCGACUUGAUUACGCCUGUAAUCCCUCAAGGAACGGCCGAGUUCCAUUUCCCGAAGGGUGCCAGGGACAGCUAUAGAUGUAUCUCUUGGGUUUUGUUCCAGAAAGGAUUUUCUAUCAAGCAGGAUUUACCCGGUAUCGAUGACCCUACUUCGUGUGCACAAUUGAUGGAAGCUAGCUUCAAGUGGCUGGCCAAAUGA